AUGACAACCACUCUGGAAAAGACGGCGCCUCUGCCCGCCGCCAGCCACAAUCCGCCACCCGCCAAGAGGAUCUGGUACCGGACCACGCUCUUUAAUGCGUUCGUCAUUGGCGCCGUCGGUUUCCUGGCGCCGGGGCUGUGGAACGCCAUGAGCGCGCUCGGCGCCGGUGGCGGGCAGGAGCCGUUCCUGGUCAACGCGGCCAACGCGCUCGUCUUUGCGCUCAUGGGCUUCCUGUGCGUCUUUGGCGGGCCCGUGGCCAACCGCAUCGGCUUCGCCUGGACACUCUUCCUCGGCGCCGUCGGCUACCCCGUCUACUCGGCUGGGCUGUACGCCAACAAUCGCUACGGCAACGUCUGGUUGGUGCUCGUUGGCGCCGCGCUCUGCGGCAUCUCGGCCGGGCUGUUCUGGGCCGCCGAGGGCGCCGUGGCGCUCGGCUACCCGGAAGCCUCCAAGCGCGGCCGCUACCUCAACAUCUGGCUGUGGUUCCGCACCGGCGGCCCGCUCGUGGGCGGGCUCGUCGUCCUGAUCCUCAACAACAACGCCGCGGCCAAGCGCAAGGGCAGCAUCAACCCCAAGACGUACCUCAUCUUCAUCGCGCUGCAGUGCGUCGCUGCGCCGAUUGCGCUGCUGCUGACCAAGCCGGAGAAGGUGCAGCGAGGCGACGGCACCAAGGUCGUGGUGGACACGGAAAACAGCUUCAAGUAUGAGUUCUCGUCCCUGUGGAGGCUGUCCAAGCGCAGGGACAUUCUGCUGCUGCUCCCCAUCUUCUGGGCGGCCUACUUCAACCAAUAUUCGGGCAACUUCCAGACGUAUUACUUUGGCGUGCGGGCGCGUGCCCUGAUUGGCUUCGUCAGCAACUUCAGCACGCUCUUCUCGUCGCAGGUGAUGAGCAUGUUUCUCGAUUGGAAGCGGUUCCCCGUGAAGCGCCGUCUGGAGAUUUCCUUCUGGUACAUUGUCGUCUGCCACGUGGCGGCUUGGAUCUAUGCCUGGGUGAUUCAGGAAAAGUACACAGCCAACCCUCCUGCGCUGGACUGGGCCGAUUCUGGGUUUGCCGAGGGCUUCUUUGUUCUUGUGCUGUGGGAGUGGUCGCGCCAGUCCUUGCAGACCUGGAUGUACUACUUUGUCGCGACAAAGAGCAACAGCGUGUCGGAGCUCAGUCGUCUUUCCGGCAUCCUGCGCGGACAGGAGUCUUUUGCACAGGCCAUCAGUUUCGGUCUAAACACGCGAAAAUGGCACGGAGGCAGGGUACCCCUGGCCGUGAACACCAUUCUUCUAGGUAUUGCAUCGGUGCCGACAUACAUUGCGCUCAAAGAAAAUGUUCCAGUUGUCGGGAAGGACGAAACGGGCGAUUCGAGUGACGAAGGAGUCACUUUGGAGACUGUCGCUAUUGGCAAUGAUAAAUCGCAGAACCCUGUUUAG